UGGUGCGCUGGCAACGGUGCUCCUCCCCCGGACCCACGCACGGAAUCGAGCACCGACUCCGGGAUCCAGACGCCUGUUUACAUGCGCCACCUCUGGGCGGGCGGCGCUACUCAGGCCCGUCCUAUUCCAACCCCGGACCCGGCCCCUGUCCCGCCCCGUAUUUGUGCGGCGUCCGCUGGCCCGGCUGACUCCGGCGCAGAGAGGCUGGGCUUGUCGGCGCAGCAGCUCCAGAGGUCGAGCUGGGUUGAGAGUGCAGGCCAGCAGAGGCCGGCGGGGACGCGGGGCUAUGCUGGGCAAGGAUUACAUGCUGGCCAUAAUUCUGGUCAACUGCGAUGAUGACUUGUGGGGGGAUCAGAAUCUGGAGGGAGAGCCAGGCCUGCCCCCUGGCUGGAGGAAGAUCCACGAUGCUGCUGGUACUUACUAUUGGCACGUACCCAGUGGUAGUACCCAGUGGCAGCGCCCAACCUGGGAACCAGGAGAUGGAGAGGACCCAGGCACAGGCACGAGGACGGAAGGGAUUUGGGAAUUUCGGCCCCCCAAGGGGAGAUCCUUCUCCAGCCUGGAGAGCUCACUGGACCGGAGUAACUCUCUGUCCUGGUAUGGUGAGGAAUCCUACAUCCAGAGCAUGGAACCAGGGGCAAAGUGCUUUGCAGUCCGCUCUCUGGGCUGGGUAGAGGUACCGGAAGAGGAUCUGGUACCAGGGAAGAGCAGUAUUGCAGUCAAUAACUGUAUCCAGCAGCUGGCCCAGACCCGCAGCCGGAGCCAGCCCCCAGAUGGUGCCUGGGGCGAGGGCCAGAACAUGCUAAUGAUCCUGAAGAAGGAUGCCAUGAGCCUGGUGAAUCCCCUGGACCACAGUCUGAUUUACUGCCAGCCUCUGGUGCACAUCCGUGUAUGGGGUGUGGGCAGCUCCAAGGGCCGUGACAGGGACUUCGCUUUUGUGGCGGGUGACAAAGACAGCUGUAUGCUCAAGUGCCAUGUGUUUCGCUGUGACGUCCCUGCCAAGGCCAUUGCCAGUGCCCUACAUGGGCUCUGUGCUCAGAUCUUGUCAGAGCGAGUAGGGAUCAGUGGUGAUUCCCCUUGCUGUUCUCUAGACCCCAUCUCUCCUGAAGAUCUGCCAAGGCAAGCGGAGCUGCUGGAUGCGGUGAGCCAGGCUGCUCAGAAGUACGAGGCACUGUACAUGGGGACUCUGCCAGUUACUAAAGCCAUGGGAAUGGAUGUGCUGAACGAGGCCAUUGGUAUCCUCACUACCCGGGGGGACCGGGAUGCCUGGGUCCCUGCCAUGCUCAGUGUGUCUGACUCUUUCAUGACUGCACAUCCCAUUCAGGCAGAGGCUGAUACAGAGGAGGAGCCACUAUGGCAGUGCCCUGUGCGCCUUGUGACCUUUAUUGGUGUUGGCCGCGACCCACACACCUUUGGCCUCAUUGCUGACCUGGGCCAUCAGAGCUUCCAGUGCGCAGCCUUCUGGUGCCAGCCCCAUGCAGGGGGACUCUCUGAAGCUGUGCAGGCUGCUUGCAUGGUUCAGUACCAGAAGUGUCUUGUGGCCUCUGCAGCUCGAGGCAAGGCCUGGGGUGCCCAGGCCCGUGCCCGCCUGCGGCUCAAGCGGACCAGCUCUGUGGACUCCCCAGGAGGUCCCCUGCCUCUCCCUCUACUCAAAGGAGGGGUUGGGGGUACAGGGGCAGCCCCUCGAAAGCGGGGCAUCUUCUCUUUUCUUGAUGCCUUCCGGCUGAAACCCUCUCUGCUCCAUAUGUCCUAAAUUGAUCUGGGAGGACUGGGUAAAGAGACUCUGGGUCCAUGCCCAACACUUUACCCCUUCGUUCCCCAGGGGCCUGCUGCCUCUCACCCUUUGGAGCCUUCUCUGCCUGUCCCUCCAACCUUGCGCACCCUCUAUUUAUUGCCCAAUUUAUUAAUUGUUUAUAUGGAUAACUGAGAGGCCCUGCACCAGAACUUAGGACCCUGGCUCUCCUUUCCCUGGGUCCCUGUGUUCCUUGCCCCUGUCCAGCCCUGGACAGUUGGCUCUACCUCAGCAACACUUUAUAGCAAAAUCAGUACAAAUAAAAAUCCCUUAGUGACUUCACUGGGUGUGAGUAUAUUGGGCCUGGGACAGGGUUGGGGGAUUAACCUGAGUGAAGUGAGUGUCUUUGUGCUUGGUGUUGGUGGCUGCCUGUAGUCACAUGAGGGCAUGGGUGUGAUGGAAAUCUGACUUAAUUCGAUAAAUAUAUUUUCUAAGGUCUUCCCUGUGCUAGGCACUAAACUCAGCAUUGGGGAUGUAACAAAAGAGGGUUUUCAGUUUCUGAGACUGUCAGGGAGACGAGCAAGAUAGAAGAUAGUAUGUAGUACAACUAGGAAAUCUCAGAGGGUUGUGGGAGCUCAGAUGAUAUGCAACCUGGCCUGAAGUAGUACUAGGCCUCCUGAUAAGUUGACAUCUGAGUACUGAAGGAGUUUUGUUCUAGUAAUCAAGCCUAGAGAGUAUUCGUGUAGAGCCAGUGGUCAGAGGUGAGGUUCUAGAACUCUCUACCUGGCUAGGUCAGAGGGGCAUGUGUGGGGCUAGAGCUUCUGGUGGUUUAAACUUGCUCCUGAAAGCACUUGUGAGACGUGGAGAAAUUGAGGGUACCCGGGCUCCUAGAGCGCCGCCUCCUGGAAGACAGCUCCAUUUGAUGCCCUGUGACCAGGGCCCGUCCCUUAGAGAAUGGGUGCAGGGUCGCAGCAGCUGCUGUCCAACCAGAAGGGCUCCAGGGAACCAG